GGAGGAGUCAGGCCACUUCCUCUCACUGAGCUGCUGCGGGUUUGUCUGCAGUCCGAGUGAAGGAAUGCUCGCUAUUUCGGAGCACUGAAGUGGCUCAUUUGUUCAGACGAAGAGCUCGCGCGAACCGGGACACGGGGCUGGGCUGCCCGCCGCUGGUGAUGAUGGUGAUGAGUCGCGUGCUGAGGCGGCGGAGCGGAAGUUGUUUAGGGAGCGCGCGCGGUGUUUUUGCUUAGCGGCCCGUUAACGGCGCGCGCACACCGUCCGUCAUGGGCCAGACAUCAGUGUCCAGCCUGUCUCACGGACCCGGUGUGGAGGGACUGGAAAAAGCUUCUCUGGCCAACUGUGAUGUGGUAGUUGGAGGUUCCCAGUCGUCCCAGCUGAAAGGGAAGGGGAAACUGUCCUCUCUAGGCAAAAUCUUUAAACCCUGGAAGUGGAGGAAGAAAAGAACCAGUGACAAGUUCCAGGAUCUCUCCAAAGUUUUAGAAAGGAAAAUUUCCACCAGACAAACCCGUGAGGAACUCAUCAGGAAAGGGGUCCUUAUUCCAGACCAAGAAGAUGCAGUGAGCACAGAGACUCUAAAUGGACAUGCAGUUUCCAGUGGAGGUACAGAAGAGGUCAAAGUGGACAUUGAGUCCCCAGAAACUCCUGCUGAGGAGAAGUCUGUGAUUACGCCAGAGGCCGAUGACACAGAAGAGUGCUCUGGUCCCAUCUCUGCUCCUGUAAAAAAGAAAGAAAGCACGUGCAGCCCACAGGCCAGCGCUUCUGGAGCUCAGAGACCCGCUGCCAAAAAGCAACAGGCCGCAUCCAGCAAGGCCUCAGGCGGGGCGACAGGUGCAGGGGUGAGGAAGGAUGCCAAGACAGGGGUUAAAAAGGUACAGAAGGGCACGAGUAAACAGGCUCCCACUCCUCCAACCAAACAAAAUACACGAACCACAACUCGUGGGAACGCUAAAUCUGCCACUCCUAAGAAAACUUCUGGCCCGUCUAAGACUCCCUCUCAGGCCUCUUCGACAACCAAGAAUGGCAAAGAUGGCAUCACUGAACGGACUUCAGCAGAAAUUAAAACUGGAAAGAAAGCCAGAUCACCUCAGCCCUGUCUCAAAGCUUCGACCGGGUCUGAAACCACAGCUGAGGGCAACUCUUCCGCUAAAGACCAAAAAAAUAGCCGUCAGACCACCGGUGCCGAUGGGAAGUCUGUUAAGGAGACGUCUCAGGUUGGUGAAGGUGCUAAGAAACAGUCGGAAUCUUCGGCGCCAGAAAGAAGUCAGCCGCAUGUAAACAAAGCUACAGAAGAGACGGCGUUUUCAGAAAGUGCGCUUUCCUCAGACAUGCCAGGAGAGAUUCAGAGCACAGGAACCGAGGACACGAGGACUGGAGCAGAUGGAGAACAACAAACUGAAGGAAGCAGGAAACCGCAGAGUGUCAAUGUGGAAAGUCCAGAAGUAACUGUUAUCCCUAACGCCGCUAGAGAGACAGCAGCUAGCGACUCAGACUCAGACGGGCCCAUACUCUAUAAAGAUGAUGAAGAGGAUGACGAAGAGGAUGAAUACACCUCCAGCUCCCUUGCCAGUAAAAUCCGCCGCAGAGACACGCUUGCCAUCAAACUCGGCAACCGGCCCAGCAAGAAAGAGCUGGAAGAGAAGAAUAUCCUUCCAAGGACGUCAGAGACGGAGAGACAGGAACUGCGGCAGCAGAUAGGCUGUAAACUAGUGAGGCGACUCAGCCAGAGACCCACCACUGAAGAGCUGGAGCAGAGGAACAUCCUCAAACAGAAGAAUGAGGAAGAGGAGCAUGAAGCCAAGCAAGAAAUUAAGAGACGGCUUUCUCGGAAGCUGAGUGUUAGGCCCACAGUGGCUGAAUUAGUAGCACGGAGGAUCCUGCGGUUUAACGAAUAUGUAGAGGUGACAGAGGCGAAAGACUACGAUCGGCGUGCUGACAAGCCCUGGACCAGGCUGACACCUGCAGACAAAGCUGCUAUACGCAAGGAGCUUAACGAGUUUAAAAGCAAAGAGAUGGAAGUUCAUGUAGAGAGCAAACAGUUUACCAGGUUCCAUCGUCCCUGAGAGACUGGAAUGGCGCCAGCACCCUUUCUCUUUCUCUCUCUCUCUCUCUCUCUCUCUCCCUCUCUUCCGGUUUCUUCACUUCAUUUUCCACUGUGGGGCCAAGAGUUGAGCUUCAUGACCCACAUUGGCACAUUCCGAUGUGUCGCUAAACAUCAUGAAAUACUUGGGUGAAAUAGAGGACAGCUGAAAUGCCAGCGAGGGAGAUAUCUGUGCAAGAACAUACAUGAACAGGUGCCUUGCUUUGUCCCUGACUUUGUUUGCACACACUAAGGACAAGCAGACUUUUUUUUUUGUUUUUGAUUUUGAUUUUCAAAAUUAUUGAUUCCCAGUAUGCCUCAGGACAUACAGUGACAUAUACAGUUACUUCUCAACACAAUGUUCUGUAAGUCCUUGUGUUGAGGACAUGGCUCUUUUUUUAUUUUAUUUAAGAAAUAUGACUGAUUUUAUAACAGUGUUAAAGUGUGAAGUCCCAUAUUACUUGUGAAUAUUCAUGCAUGUGAAAAAAGCAUUUUAAAAGUCAUAGUAAUUCUUUGAACUUAGAAAAUUUCUACAAGAAACUUCAAACAGGAAGUCUUUUACACAAUCACGAAUGUUUAUUCGUGUCAUUAUUAUUGUUAUUACUAUUAUUAUUAUUAUUAUUAUUAUUAUGAAGACUUGUAGCAGCUGUAAAGGAUAUUUGCUUUGUGCCUUUUUUUAUUCCAUCCAAAAAGCUGUUUUGGGUAUCAGCUCUUUUUGAGCGUAUGUGGUGCAGAAGGUUUUUAGUUUUCAUAGCUUUACAGUCUUGUACUUGCUCUCUCCAUUGAUUUGACCUUGGGGAAAACAUGCUGUCCAUUAUAAAUGCUGUAUUGACUACAACAGGGCUGACUCAUGAUUCCAUUAUUCCACUUGGACUAUGGGAAAUGCUCAACCAUUCAACAUGCUGGGUUUACAAGGAUCCUCCCUUUUUGCAACUGUCUUUAUUUUUUAGUGUUCCCCAUGGUUUCCUCCUCAAAUUAAGCCUCAUCUCAUCUUUUCACUUGCACCACCUACUUCUCAUUGCACCCAAAUGGGUAAAAAACUCCACAUCUGUUUCGCUGCUGUGAGCAUAGCUAUAUUGCAUUACAGUACAUUGUAAUAUGUUGUGGGAUCAAACCUUUUUUUUGUGUUACUAUUAUAAGAUGAUAUUACCACAAAUGUACAUGUUUGAGAGAGGCCAGGAGUUUUAUUUUCUCAUUGCAAACAGGUAUCAUGGAGAAAUGUUUAAAUUAUUUUUAAUCAGUUGUUGUACAGAAUGUGCAUAUAAUACAUGUGAAUACAUCCAACAUGCCGUAAA